UGUCCACGUUAUCAACAAUCCGGAACAGACCGACAGACGACUGCCUGCGAAUUGUCUUUUCCAAUGUAAAUAUAUCGACAGAACGUGGACGUUUGUUGACAGUGGGCUGAUUGCUGAAAUACUGUGGACAGUUGCUGAUGUUGCGCCAUGGACAGAUUCAAACUGCGAUGUCGUCGUUGCCGCUGUGUCGUCCUGGUCAGCGAUGAUGUCGUCAACACACAUGGUCAGCCAGUGAAAGAGACAUCAUGUUCAAGUAUUUCUACCUCAUCAGUUUGGUUCGUCUCCAUGGAGAAUGAAGAGUUGUCAUGGAUACGAGAAGCUAUCAGUCAGGCCUUGUGGAAUAAAGGCAAGCUGAACUGCCCAAAGUGUAACAGCAGACUUGGAUCAUUUGAUUUUGUGAAAUCAGCACUAUGCCCUUGUGGUGAACAGACCCUGCCAGAAGUUUAUAUACUUCGAGACCGAGUGGAUAAAAUGUUGCUGAAACAGGCACAGCAACAACAAGAUUUCCACACCAGAUUUGCAAGAUCAGACAGUCCACUCAUCAAAGAAGCUUCUAUCAAUCCACAAGUGACUUCUAGCCAGGAGUGUACUGAGCGUGUUGGUGUGUCCGGUCCUCUCAUCAAAGAAGCUUCUAUCAAUCCACAAGUGACUUCUAGCCAGGAGUGUACUGAGCCUAUUGGUGUGUCCGGUGCCUCACAAAAGCACACUGUAGGGAUGCUACCCCAGGGCUGUGAUCCAUCAGGACUGUUGAAUGAAUCAGAAGAUGACACCCAUGCCCAAGUUGGUUGUUCUGGGACAGCUGGGCUUGUCUUGAGACAACCUAGGACAGACCUGCAGCUGUGUGUUUCUGUUCCCGGUGUUGAUCAGUGUCUUACUCCCAGUGCUGUUGAGAUGGACCGUUUGUUUAGCAAUGUUGUAAGAGUGAACUCUCAUCAGAUGUGUCAAGUGUGUGAAGACUCUAGGCACAGACGGUCUGGGAUUGAUCCAGCUGGUGCUUCAGAGAACCAAAGUAAUGUCAGUAGAACUGUUGUCCGGCAUGUUUGUAGCCAUGGUAACAAAAUCAGCAAGUGCAGAGGUUUCGGUGACAGAUGUUCUGGCAUCAGUCAGAUGGCACUGUGUCAGGAAAAACGUGACGAUGGUUUUUAUGUGCAACCAAGGAGACUGAAGAAGGAGUUGAGAUCCAGGCGCAGGAAGGAGUUGCGUUCCAAGCAGCGUGGAGGAGAGCAUGUUGAUGAUGCCGAUGAUGGGAGACUUGACAGGGAGACUCUGAACAGGUUUAAACAGCUGGAGGAGAAGCAGAGUUCCUCUGAUGACAGCAUCAUUGAUGAGAACGUGUCUGAGGAACAUGAAUGUCCCGUGUGCCUGGACGUGUUCCUGCAUCCCCACGUCUGCUGCCCCUGUGGUCACGUGUUCUGUGAGACGUGUCUGCGGCAUCUGGCUCAAGAGUCGGACAACAGUACAUCAUUCCCCUGCCCAAUGUGUCGCAUUCUCAUCAAGUCCUGCCACCUGGACAGAGAUUUGACUGCCACAAUAAAGCUGAAAUAUCCUGUCUCCUACAAGCACCGUCGUAUGUCAGACAGCAAGUACCUGUCUCACCGCUACCCCCUCCCCCGAUCUACAGGCACCUCCAACCGCCACACCAUCAACGAGCGGAUUGUCUAUGCAAUGGGGGGUAAUGAGAACAUUUACACCCUCAUGUCCCGACUCUGGCUCAAGUGCUUCACAUUCCUGGGUGCCGUCAUUCUGGUGUUAUUGGUGUUGUGUGUCAGUCUCGCUCUGUGAUAUUAAAGAGUUUUAUUUUCAUCA